UGGAGUUUGGUGUGGAUAAUACGAAGAAAGUCCAGAAUUGGGGGGUAGUAAUAGCAAUAUCUCGCCAUCUAUGAGAGACACUGGAGAGUCGCACCACAGAUGAUAUCCAUUUGUCGGAUGGGUUCAUGUAGAAGGCUGAUUCAUGCCGGAUCAAGAUGAAAAUGUCGAUAAUAAGUUCAUUGGGAAGAAUAUCGAACGGGUUAGAAGUGGACUGCUGCAGUUGCUUCAGAUUCAGCACAAAAAUUUAUCCAAAGACAGGACGCACCUGCGAUGUCAUUUUGGAACACCCUAGAUAGAGUUCAGUCACUGUUCGGAACAAAGGCACGACCACGUGCAUUACGCGUUGAUGAGAAAUCAAAUAGAAGUCUUGACACGGCUUUUCCUUCUCACCACCGUCCAAUAAUGUCGCAAGACCCGCAAGACCCUCAGAUUCCGGAAAACGAAGAAGACUACCAGUUCUCUGGUCCUCUGCUCGUAUCGAAACUCCAAGAAGCGGGAAUUCACCCUAAUGAUAUCAAAAAGUUAUCGGACGCUGGGCUCAAUACCGUCGAAUCAGUCGCAUUCACCCCAAAGAAGCACCUGGUCACAAUCAAAGGGAUCUCUGAGUUGAAGGCAGAUAAGAUUCUGGCUGAAGCUCAGAAAAUUGUCCCUCUUGGAUUUCAGAGUGCUACCGAAGUUCAUGCCCGUCGUUCGGAGCUGGUACACAUCACUACGGGAUCAAAGCAACUGGAUGCGCUUCUUGGUGGUGGCAUCGAGACUGGGGCAAUUACUGAGUUAUUCGGUGAAUUCCGAACCGGGAAAUCUCAAAUAUGCCACACAUUAGCUGUUACCUGUCAACUUCCGGUCAGUAUGGGGGGUGGUGAGGGGAAAUGCUUGUAUAUCGACACGGAGGGUACAUUCCGUCCCGUCCGUCUUUUAGCUGUCGCAGAACGAUAUGGACUGAACGGUGAAGAGGUGUUGGACAAUGUCGCCUAUGCAAGAGCAUACAACGCCGAUCAUCAGAACGCCUUGUUAACGAAUGCUAGCGCUUUAAUGUCGGAGUCGAGAUUUUGUCUUCUAAUUGUCGAUUCCUGUACUGCCCUGUACCGGACGGACUUCAGCGGUCGUGGCGAACUUGCGUCGCGUCAAACGCAUCUCGGGAAAUUCCUGCGAACGUUGCAGCGCUUAGCGGAUGAGUAUGGUAUCGCAGUGGUCGUCACCAACCAAGUCAUGUCCAGUCCAGACGCUGCUGCAGGACCGUACGCUGGUAACGAGAAAAAGCCCAUUGGAGGAAACAUCAUGGCUCAUGCCUCUACAACUCGGUGAUGCCUCUAAUAUACUCUUCCACCCUGUCUUCUGACUAUGAUAUAGAUUGCAACUCAAAAAAUCUAGGGGUAACACUCGAUCAUGCAAGAUAUACGACUCUCCAUGCCUCCCAGAAAUGGAGACCCACUUCGCAAUCCUGGCGAGUGGUAUUGGUGAUCCCGAAGAGGAGGUUUGAAA